AUCAGAUCGUUGUUGACAUAAGCAAUUGGGCUUUCUCUUCAAACAGGUUUUGUCUCUUUGCGAUCAGAUCUCAUCGAAGACGAGUGCGAUGGCUUCAGGUUUCAGCGGAGAUGAAACUGCUCCUUUCUUCGGAUUCCUCGGCGCUGCCGCCGCUCUCGUUUUCUCCUGCAUGGGAGCAGCGUACGGGACGGCAAAGAGCGGGGUUGGCGUGGCGUCGAUGGGUGUGAUGAGACCAGAGCUUGUGAUGAAAUCGAUUGUUCCGGUGGUCAUGGCUGGUGUGUUAGGUAUUUACGGUCUCAUCAUAGCUGUCAUCAUCAGUACCGGAAUCAACCCGAAGGCCAAGUCUUACUAUCUCUUCGAUGGCUAUGCUCAUCUCUCUUCCGGUCUCGCUUGUGGUCUCGCCGGUCUCUCCGCCGGUAUGGCUAUCGGAAUCGUCGGCGAUGCCGGUGUCAGAGCGAAUGCGCAACAACCAAAGCUGUUUGUGGGAAUGAUUCUGAUUCUCAUCUUUGCUGAAGCACUUGCGCUUUACGGUCUUAUUGUUGGUAUCAUCCUUUCUUCUCGUGCUGGUCAGUCUAGAGCCGAGUGAACCAACCCCAGAAAAUCUCUUUUCUCAUGUGCUAAAUUCCCUGUAAUGUUUUUUGAUAUAUUUUCACUUCCAAUAUUCCUGGCAUUGCGAGUUUCUCAUGUAAAAACAAGCUAAAUCACUUGAUUUUGGUUCUAAAUGUUAUUUUUUUUUCUUUAA